UAACAGACGACUGUCGAAGCUUACGUUCCCCCUGAAAACAACGGUCGAUGAUCGACGGAGCAGAAAAUUCAAAGUAUCGUGUAGAGGAAGGUUGAUCGCCCGGUAAUUUAGCGAUCAAGCGCCGCCGGGACAGCGAAAAAAGCCUCUCGAGAUAAAUGAAUCAUAGGCGAGGAGUUAUAUACGUCGAGGAGGAAAAAAACAAAGCCCGCCGGCAUGGCCAGGUUUUUAUUGUCCCGGCCGGUGGACUGCGCCGGCUCAUCCUCGGACUCGUGUACUCUGCCGAGAACGAAAAUCGUCAUCGUCGGCAGCGGACCCGUAGGUGUGGCCGUCGCCGUCGGGCUUUUGUUUAAGAGGCUAGCCGCGGAGCUGAUCCUCAUGGACGAGAACCCGGAGAUGGCGAGAGCGGAAGCCGAGGACAUCGCCGCCGCGGCCGUCUUCCUCGGCAGCCCGAAAAUCCGCGCCAGCACAGAUUACAGCGAGGCGAGGGACGCGACGCUCUGCGUUAUCGCGGCGGGCCGACAGCAGCGGGACGAGGCCGACGCCGAGGCCGUGCUCCAGCAGAACGCUCUGCUCCUCAAGGAGCUCGUGCCGAGCCUGACCAAGUACGCGCCCAACAGCGUCCUCCUGGUGGUCAGCGAGCCAGUGGACGUGCUGUCGCACUUGGCGAUGAAGCUGUCGGGUUUCCCGUCGCAGCGAGUCCUCGGCCUCGGCACGCUCCUCGACAACUGCCGUCUGCAGCACGAGCUGGCCAAGGAGCUGGGCGUUAACCAGGCGGCCGUGCACUCGAUGGUCAUCGCCGAGAGCGGGCCUACUUCCGUACCAAUAUGGUCGGCCGCCUCGGUAAUGGGCAUGAAGCUCAAGGAUAUCGACAAGGACAUCGGCGAUCCGGAGGGCUUCGCCGCGGCUCUGCAUGCCAAGGUCGUGAAUUGUAACCGAGAGCUGAUAAGGCGCAAGGGUCAGCACUGCUGGGCCGCCGCGCUCUGCACCUGCGAAAUCAUCGACGCCAUUGUCCGCAACACUUGCGCCUGCCUCACCGUCUCGACGUUCGUCAAGGGCUGUCGUCACGGGCUGGAGAAGGACGUGUUCGCGUCGCUGCCGUGUGUGCUGGGCCGAGGCGGAGUCCUCGCCUACAUGCGACAUCUGUACACGCCGGAAGAGCAGGAGCUGACGAGCCGAUCCUGCCGGCGCAUCUACGAAGCCCAGAAGUCCGUCCUCGGAAGACUCGAGGAGUAGCCGUGUGUAGCAGUAACGAUGUAUAUAGUAACCCGAGGCGAGGGACUUGCCCUGCGGCGCGUGCCCGCUGCUGAAAAAAUAAAGAGGAACCGCGCGUCGACA